AUGGGACUUAUCUUAUCCUGUGUCUCCCCUGGCCAGAUCACUACCGGUUUUCAUGAGGGAGAUCAGCCAGCGAUCGAGGCGAGCACGACGCUCGAGCAACAACGUUCGCCUGAGGAUGAGUCUGACCUCGUCGACUUGAACAAGACGAAGGAGAUGCCAGAGCGCAACUAUGAAAUGAUGAGAAACACCAAGUUUGCCGAUGGUGAAUGGCGUUGA